UUAAUCCCCUUUUUUUGUUAUUUUCCCAACAUUCCUAUCAACUCCCCCCAUAUCCACCACUUACUAUACACUAGACAAUUCACAGUGGCCAAUUAACAUACCAGCCUGCAUGUCUUUGGAAGGUGGGAGAAAACCCCAAGCACCUAGUGUGAGCCCACACAGUCACGGGAAGAACAUGUAAACUCCAUGCAGACAGCACCCAGGACUGAACCUGAAUCACUGGAGUAGUGGAAUUCUACUAGCUGUACCAUUGUUUUAUUUUUUUUUAAUUAUCCACCAAAAAUAAACAAAAAUUAAGAAGAUCUUUUUUAAGAAGAUUUCUGAUCAAGUACACGUUUCACAUGGGAAGCAAGCAGUGCAUAACAAUCACUAGUAAGUAAACAAGAGAUAAAAGAACAUUUUUUCCUCGCAAUGAAUUACAAACAACCAGAUAGGAAACGGAAAGAUUUUUCAAUUGUAACUUUCAUCAGGCAGCCAAAUGGAUAAUUAUAUAAAGAUAAUUUGCAGCAUUCCCAACCAUUUCUAAUUUUAUUUCAUAAUUUGCAAUUGGGAGACUCGCAAGUAUGAGGGACUAAUUGCAUGCUUCUUAAAUUAACCACACAAGUAUGAUGGGCUGAUUGGUCUGUGCUGUAUUGUUUUAUGAUUUUCAGUGUUAUAUUCAAUAUCUCAUUUAAGUUCACUCAAAAUAAAAGUAGGAUGGUCCCAGAGAUUUAUCCAAGGAAUUUUGGAGAUUAAAGUUGCAAAAUAACUAAAAUGUAGAACUUUGUACUCCAGUUUAAAAUAUUUUUUUCCCAAAAUUUGUUAAAUAUCUAAAAAAACUGCAAACCUAUCCAGGUCAGGAUUAGGCUCCUGCUCGUCAAACUAACUCAAUUACUAGAAUGAUUGACGUUAAGGUUGACCUAUAGAAAUAAGACUUUGUGGACAACGCCUUCCUCCGUGAGCCAAUCAACCACCAGCAGGGAGUUAUGAAGUUAGAUUGUAACUGAGUAACUGCCACUACCCAAUACUUCAAAAAAGACACAUUUUCUUAACAUUUCUGUUAGAGACACCUAAAUGAGCUCAAAUAAAUGCGUAUAAUUAAAGGAAAAAUAUCAACAAAGCCUGAAUCUCACCAAUAAACAUUAUGGACGUUUUGCGCGCCACAGGCAGCGCAGCGUUAAUUUAGUGCGCUCUCAACCUUGUAUAAUUGCUCUGUGGUUGAUUGACAUUAGUCGUAUCCAAUGAAAAGUCCGCUUCUGUAGGCGGAGGCAGCCGGCCAUCCAAUAGAAAUGUGCCAAUGGUAGCGUCUCUUCUUGUCGAGUAAGUUCGGUUGAUCUCCAGCUGUUGUCGAUUCUUUUAAAGCACGUGACUUAUGGGUAACCGUCAUUACCGAAUAAGUGAACAAAUAUCGAUGGCGAAUGCGAAGAAACCGAAUCUUCUUCAAGGAAUAUCGACCGGAUUUUUAAAAUGUGAAACCGUUGGUCCGGGCUUCGUGUUUACGCGGUGCGCUGAUUGACAAGGCGGCGGACGAAUGGGAGAGCGGAUCCGGCACAUCCGGUGGCAAAUUGUCCAAUCGACACGGGCGCGGGAGGGGGCAUGACUUCUGAGUCGAGGCUGAGUUGUUUAAGAGACUGGAUCCCAUGGAGGAAGAAGAGGUCCACCUGCAAGUACCGAACCGAGGAGGUCUAACCCCACCAGAUUCAGAGGCAGCAGAUACUGAACCUAGCACUCUGCUCCACAAGUUAAAGGGUGGUAUCAACAAAAAUGUCCAAUUAAAAGUGGAUAAUGUUCUGCAAGAAGUCAAAGGGUUUUCGGAUUCUGAGAAGCUUUAUCUCUACCUGCAACUCCCUUCAGGCCCAAGCCAUGGAGACAAAAGCUCCAGCAUCAGUAGCAGUGAUCCAUACCCCACAAGCACUGCUGAUCAAAUGCACGCUUGCAACUGGAUUAGGAACCACCUUGAGGAGCAUCCAGACACCUGUCUGCCAAAGCAAGAUGUCUACGAUGCUUACAAACGUUACUGUGAUAAUCUGUCUUACCGGCUCCUGAGUGCAGCAAACUUUGGGAAAAUCAUGCGUGACGUCUUUCCGAACUUCAAGGCUCGACGACUAGGAGGGCGAGGCCAAUCUAAAUACUGCUAUGGUGGGAUAAGAAGAAAGACUGUGGUCAGUAUGCCUUCUCUUCCAAGCCUGGAUUUGAAGCUUCCAGAUCCUCUGGAGGCCAAGGAAGCAGACAAGUCACAGCAGAAUGAGGUGCUGAUGUCAGCAGCCAUCAGCCUGAUCUGCGAGUGGGCUCAGCGGGUGCUGAUGAGGCAGUUUGACACUGUCGUGGACCUGGCCCGCUUCCUCGUGAUGGAGCACCUCAUCAGCCCCAGGACCAAGAACGCAAUGGUGGUGAUGGAGGAGCUCAUGACCGAAAAUAUGUUGAAAACUCAGAAAGACCCAAAGCACCGCCAGCAGCCCAAGAACGCUGGGAAGGACGUUGAGGAGAGAACGCAAGACUUGCAGACAGAGGCUUCCAAAGGCACAGUGCCAUGUGUCCAGAGCGGGAAAGAAGACGGGCCGGCAGCCAGCCGAGGAAAACAGACCAGUGCGGCUGACGUCGACAGCGUGAUAAAUCGUUUUGCCCCCAUUCGGCCCAAGGCUCAGGCCAAGAAGCUGGUUGCCAUCUCCACUGCUGGCGUGGGUCGCUGCAUCGCCCCGUCUGCCUUGCCUGUCAGGAUGAGUGCCAUUCCUCCCCCUGUGCCACUCGCUCUGCCCCCGGGGGCCAACAGCACAGGCAUCGUCACCGCUGGGAACGUGCCGCUCCUGAAGAAGGUCACUGUCAUCCUCCCGGGCUUGGCCCCGGGGCCAGUCAGACUCCCCGUGCCAGAGGUUCCCCCGGCCGCGGGCUCGCUUAACCUGCCCAACAGCAAGGGCCCAGCUAACAGCCCCAAGGUCAGCAAGCCCAAAGACGGAAAGUGCCGGCUCGCCCGGCCGAAGAGCCCAUCCACCGGUGCCUCGUCACGCAAGCGCCCCGCCGGCACGCUGCCUGCCUCCGAAGAGGGGCUCCUCUCCAAGAAGAGGCGGGGGCGCCCGCGGAAGGCGUUGGAAGGACAGGGGAAUCCUGAGGGACUGGCUGAAGCGACCAGCAGUGGGAUAACCGGUGCCAAGGAAGUUCCAGCGGCCCGACUGGCCCCAGAUGCCGCCCGCUGGCCCGAGAACGCCAGUCACGCCACACCGGCUCCCCAGGUCCCAGCGCCCUUGCCGGCUAUGGAUGCCGCCGCCGCCUCAGCUCCUUCGCUCCCCACUCAGCUCACCUCGCCCGUGGAUGGCAGCGCGAAGCCGCGAGCGGGAGCCUCUCCCCCGCCCCCUGCUCUCAGCCAGCCGAGGACUAACAGCGGACUCACGGAGUUGGGGGCGCGCAAGACCUCGGUGAUCAGGCAGCUGCCCAGCCUGGCGUGCCAGGACACAAAGGGCAGGAUCACUGACGCACAGGACUCCCAGAACUUGCAGGCGACGACUGCCGUCCCCACUUCGCUGGGGCUGCCUUAAGGCUUGGCUAGCGCUGGGUGAGCAAGGGGAGCAUUGAGGGGGUGGGCUGGUAAUAUUUAAUACAAGCAGCUGAUCCAACAUUGGUGGUAUUGUAUCUGCCGGUUACACACACAGUAUGUAACUGUGACUCCUAUGGGAAUGUAUUACUCGUGGCAGAUGCGACGUGCCUGCUUUACACCUCCCUACCAAGUUAAAUUUCAGCAGCCUACCCCCCAACCCCCCAAUCUUAGAGGGACCUGGUGGUUUGAGAAUUUAAUAUACUUUUCUACAUGCCAUUCUGUUUUAAAAACUGAGUGACUGUUUGAUAUUUUGACAGUUACAGGUCUUGAUGGUUCCAAAAACUUCACUGCAAAAGAGAAAAUAAUUUUCCCACCACCUCCUGUGACUAACUUUUUCUUUUAAUGCUGGUUUUGUCUGGGGAGAGGCAGUAAUGCGUAAUCAUUUCCAGAGUGUUUGUCGGCAUUUCAGUUGAAGGUGAAGAGGGCAUAUUGGCAGGAUUCACAACAAACAAUCUAUUAUACCACAAACAAGGUAUUUACUCAUAGUCUAAAUAAAGGCAUUGAAUUGAAAAGAACCUUGACGCAGCGUGGCACACAGAAUGCCGCUUCAAACGGCAGCAUCUUUCAUGGGUAGAAGCGGGCUAAUUGUUCCGACAAAUUGCAGAAUAGUUGCAUGAUCUCAUUGAAGUGUGUAAAAUCAACCCCAGUGGUGCUUCCAGGCUGAUUGACGGGGGAAUUGCCCAACUUUUUAGCUUGGACCUGUGCUGUCAUCUAAUGCAGCCAAUCCACCUUAAAUGAUCCUGCUGUCCCUGCUCACCACAGUUAUUGUGCUCUUGUUCAUAAAGCUUUGCCAAGGCAUUUCUCCUUUGUCUAAGCUGCAUUUUCCCACCGGUUCAUUGAACUGUGCCAAGAAUGGUCCUUGCUCCUGCUUCACCUCUUCCUCUCCGGCGACUGCUGGCUCCUCUUUUCCUCCCUGCAACUCUGCAUUUGCUUUUGUCUGUUUCAAAAGGGAUGGCGCAGAGGGAAGCGGAACUGCCUGUAUUUGAUCGUGGAGGGAGGCAAAGUGUCUUGUUUCUCUGCAGAUUUUGUGAAUCACAUCAGAGAUGGUGGUCCAUCACUUUUUCCUGGAUAGUCCCAGCACAUUCUGUUGAAACUCUUGUGCGGCUGUUUCCACCUUCUCAAUGUUAUUUCACCGUACUGGAUUGACUUGAUUUGUGUUUGUCCCCUUUUGUGGCAUAGUCGAUGAACAAAGCAUCAGAUAGUGGGCCCUGAAUCAACAAGAGAGUCGUACAAGAAGGGAGUCUGAUGAAAUGGCCUCCUGGGUGGUUCCCAAUUGCCUGGGCUGACUGGAGAAAUUUCAAGAGGUGUAACAGCACAUCAUGCCUGUGUUUUCUCUUCAAAGGACCUAUGUGUUUAAUCCCGCUUCCCACUCUGUCCUCUUCCUCCCCACAACCCUGCAGUUGCUUUUGUUUUCUCAAGUAUCCAACUCCUGACAGUCCCAAUUGAAGAUGAUUCCAUCGCCUUUUCAGGGAGCAGGUGUCAAAUUGCAGCUUGGGGUGGGAAAAGAAAAGAAAAUUCUCACCUUGGCCCUGUUUUUAUUUUUACCUUCAGUCUGUGUCGCCUGGUUACUGACCCUCACGCUCAUGGAAACAGUCCUUCACCAGAUCAAAUACUACUUCAGUAAAAGUACAUAAAGCUGGUCGUUACCACAUUGCAGUCCAGCAGCUCACUGUGUGUAAAUGGGCUGCCACAUCGGUGACUGGACUAAGAUCCUCCUUUAGGUACAAGGGUUGUGAAAUGAGCUAUGUAAAUAGAAAUAUUGUAUUUACGUAUUAGAACGAGAGUCUUGCGAAUGAAAGAAAACUGGAGAUAGAUUGCCAAAUUCAGGGACAAUGUAACUGCAGAGCACAUAACCAAAAUAUCAUUGGAGAGACAGUAGUACUUUUAAUGCUUGCAUUUUUAAUGGUUUCCACAGGUACAAAAAAAUAUUAUGGGGCAUGCCGUUUCCUUAAUUCUCUUUUUUUUCUGUCUGUGUGUGUAUGUGGGUGUCUCUCUCUGUCUUUCUCUCGUACACAUGCCUUCAGUCAGAUGAGUAGCAGCUUAAAAUAUAUUUCAAAUGUAGGGUUCAGGUUUAACUUUUGCACAACACCCCAUAGAACUAAUGACUGUAAGUGCAUUUUGAAUACUUUAAAACACUGGCUGGAUUUUUUUUCAAUACUGCCCCAAGCCUCCCCAGUUCCAGAACCUCUCAUACAAUGACUUCAUAAAUACUAAUUCUUUGCUCAUAAAAGAGUUAUUGAAAUCUAAUCUGUAGUUUGGAAAUUAGGAGGCAACACUGCUUAUAAAAAUUGCUUUCCAAAAGGAAGUUAUUUACCCCAUCAUGCCUGUGCUGGCUCCCUGAAAGGGUUUAACUUUCAUUCUGAUUGUCCUAUUAAUUCUGCAGAUGCCUAAAAAUUCUCCUCACAAGUGUUCAUCCAGUUUCCUUUUGAAAGUUCCUUCCAUUGCAUCUUUAGGCAGCACAUUCCAGAUCAUAAUCUGUUUUAAAAUUCUCCUCCUCUUCCUCCCUUUUUUUUAAACUGUUGUCUUUGAUCUCUGUCCCCUGAUACAGAUCCUUCAGUCAGUGGAAACAGUUUCUCCCUAACUAUGUGAUCGAGACCCUUUGUGCGGCAGUGGCGUUCAAUUUUAAUUCUCCCUUGCUUUGACUCCAUUACCACUGGAUGUCCUCUUGCAUCCGUUCAGUUGAGGGUAUCUUCCAUACACAAGCCUAAAUAAUGAUUAUUGUAAAUCAUAGGGGAUCCUAUACUUUACAUACAGCAAUCAGGAGAGUGAAAUCUGGACCGAAUUUCCUCUCUGGAGUGACGAUCCCAGUGGCCAGAUCUUCCGACUUUCUGGCUGAGGCAAUAAAUUGUACUAAAUGCUUUAAAACUACCUUUUUUUGCUAUCAAGCUAUUUGGAGCAUCCUGGCAGUAAAAGGUUUUUGGAUCACAAUGGCAUUUUGCAAAGGAUAAAAAUUGACUUCAAGUACUUGCAUUUAUAUAGCACCUUCUAUGUAGCACCUACAAAAGGUGUUGCAUAGGGUUGUUAACAGGAAGGUCUUGACCUGGGUCACAAAAGGGAAUAUGUCUGAUGUUGAAAGAGGUUUCUUUGAUUGAGGAGGGAGGGAGAGUUUUAGGGAAGGAAUUCCACAGCUUGGGACUCGGGCACAAGCCACAACCAGCGGAGCAAUGAGAAUUCUGCAAGAGGCUGGAAUUAGAAGAGCACGGGGCCCUUGGAGGUUUGAGGGUUAGAAGUUGGGAGUUGGUGUACUGCCAUGCCAUGAAAACGAGGGUGAGGAUUUUAAAAUCGCUGCUUUGUCCAACUGGUAGCCAGCUAAGGUUAGUGAGCACAGAGGCAAGUCUCGGUGUGACUUAUGACAGUGAAACAGCUUUGGAUCAGCUCAGCUGUAGAAGAUAUGAAAAGUACAGAACACUGGCCCCAUCACCUGGGCAACCAGAUGCUGGGAGUUCAUACCUACCCACUUAGAUACUCUUUGCUAACUUGAGGUCAGAGAUCAGAGCAAAGUUGGGGGUGGGAAACUGUUGGGAAUUUUAAAAAUCCUGGGAGAUUCUUCCCUGACUCUGGGGGAAGGGGGCUAAAUCAUUAAUGAGCUAAUUUGCUCCAACCUUGUCCCCUCCAGGUAUGCCUGUGUCCUUCCUCUCAAGGACAAUAAUUAUUAUCAUCGACCAAAAACCUGCUCCAGAGAGACCACUGUCUGCUCUCUUAACCAUUUUGCCUAUCUACUGAGUUUUUUUUUACAGAAAAAUAUAUAAAUUAUAAUUGUGUUUAAAAAUGUAAAUAAACAA